AUGGAUUCAAUAUCUACGCCCUUUACUGCACAGCAGUAUACAAAUGACAAGAAGGUUCAUGUCCUACUAGCAGCAGCUACGAUUAAGCUGCCCAACAUUGCAGAGGCGCUAUGUCGUAAUAAAAACAUCUCAGUCCGCAUCCUAGUCACUGAACCUGAACCAGCGGAGAAGUUUCUUAGCGGGCAGAGCUCGAAGCAGCCUGUUUUUGACACUCUGCUUCAAAUAGAUGGCGUGGACGCUAUCUACCGGGAUGUAGAUGAAUGGUCUCCGUCGUGGACGCGUGGGGGACCAGUACUGCAUAUUGAGCUACGCAAAUGGGCGCAUAUUCUACUAGUUGCUCCAAUGUCUGCAAAUACUAUGGCGAAAAUGGCCAAUGGGAUCGCUGAUAACCUGCUUCUCUCGGUCAUCAGGGCCUGGGAUACCACUGGAGUAGUGGAUAUGGGAUUCAAGGCUCAGAAACCGAUGGUAUUUGCAGCAUUGGAUAUGGACACCUGUAUGUAUAGACAUCCAGUGACCGAGAAGCAGCUUAAAGUCCUACGUGAUGACUGGGGAUGGAGUGAAUUAAACCCAAAUGGCUGGGUGACUGUGCUGCCUCCCAUAGAGAAGAGCCUAGCCCAUGGAGAUGUCGACACCGGAUAUAUGAUGGACUGGAGAGAUAUUGUCACUGUCGUCCAAAACCACGUGGCGGGAUCGGCGCAGAAGCCGUGA